AUGUCGUCCCCAGCGUCACGCCGGACCCGUCAAUCGAGGGACUCGGCCACUGCCUCCCCUGCCCGCUCAACACGGUCUCGCCAGCAACAGGAGCAAACCACCCCGCGAGCGUCGAGACGUCUGAGAGAAGAAUCAGCGAUGCCGGCCUCGUCUCCUAUUUUUUUCCAAUCCUCUCCGUCCAGAGGAAAUCAUGACGGCGCCGAGACACCAGACGUUAGAAUGGAUGAACCUGGUGAUGCGACACCCCGAGGGAACGCAUCAAACAUACGAGAUUCUUCCCCGAUCAAUUACAUGGCCAGUUCGAGUCCAACGCGCGCUCAAUCCCGCGGUCUGCACUCUGACGCCAGCAGUGGGCUUUUCGUUUCUUCAAGAUCCAAUCGCGGCAUCACAUCGCGCCGCAAUGAUCUGAAUUCUGGCGGGAUCAGUUCCACCCCAAGCCGUCGGCGGAGACUGUUUGUCGAUAGUAAUGGAAUGCCUGUUGCUGAUGGAGAGCCUCAAUCCGAUGCGACUUUCUCGAACAUUAAUCCCGGUACCUCGGAGGCCGACGUUCUCGGCGGUGAUUCCACCCGGAUUAUCUGGGGUACAAACAUCGCGCUCCAAGACUCCAUCAAUGCCUUCAAGAACUUCCUCUACAACUAUGCCACCAAGUACCGUCUGUGGGCAGAGGGUGCGACGGAGGAUGAGACUCGUAUAAUGGGGGAUGCCGCAGAGGAGCGGGAAUACAUCAGCAUGCUGAAUACCAUGCGUCAAUUGGGUGUCACCAGUCUUAACCUGGAUGCUAAGAACCUCAAGGCGUAUCCGUCAACGUUAAAACUGUGGCAUCAGCUUCAAUCAUACCCUCAAGAAAUCAUUCCUCUGAUGGAUCAGGGUGUCAAGGAUGUGAUGGUCGAGCUAGCAGGAAGGGAAAUGAAUCAGCUGCGAGCCCGCAACCGCCCUCAAGCUCAUGCAAGAGACGCGGACUCUGACGCUCUGCUACAGCCAGAGAUCCCUGAUCUCGUCGCGGAAGUCGAGACCAAGAUUUACAAGGUUUUGCCGUUUGGACUCGAUUCCACAGUGAACAUGAGAGAGCUUGACCCAGCGGAUAUGGACAAGCUGGUGAGCAUCAAAGGCUUGGUCAUCCGAACGACCCCUAUCAUUCCGGAUAUGAAAGAGGCAUUCUUCCGCUGCCAGAUCUGUAACCACGGUGCUCAGGUCGACAUUGACCGUGGCAAAAUUGCUGAGCCCACCAUUUGCCCGCGCCAGGUCUGCCAGGCGAGAAACUCGAUGCAGAUCAUCCACAACCGGUGUUCCUUUGCCGACAAACAGGUUAUCAAACUGCAGGAGACUCCCGACAACGUCCCCGACGGUCAAACUCCCCACUCGGUCUCGCUGUGCGUGUACGACGAAUUGGUGGACAUUUGCAAGGCUGGUGAUCGCGUGGAAGUGACUGGUAUCUUUCGAUGCAACCCCGUGCGGGUGAACCCGCGCCAGCGCACACAGAGAGCACUGUUCAAGACGUAUAUCGAUGUGCUUCACGUUCAAAAGACGGACCGCAAGAAGCUUGGUAUCGAUGUGUCGACCGUCGAGGAGGAAUUGCAGGAUCAGGCUGCUGGUGAUUCCGAACAGACACGCAAGAUUACCGCGGAAGAAGAAGAGAAGAUCAGACGUACUGCCUCGCGACCUGAUAUCUAUGAGCUUCUCUCUCGUUCGCUAGCGCCAAGUAUCUACGAAAUGGAUGAUGUGAAGAAGGGUAUCCUCCUCCAGAUGUUCGGAGGCACCAACAAGACCUUCCAAAAGGGUGGUAACCCGCGGUAUCGUGGUGAUAUCAACAUUCUUCUGUGCGGUGACCCGUCGACGUCCAAGUCGCAACUUCUCCGAUACGUCCACAAAAUCGCCCCUCGUGGUGUCUACACCAGUGGUAAGGGAUCUUCGGCAGUCGGUCUGACAGCGUACGUGACCCGUGACCCGGAAACCCGCCAGAUGGUUCUCGAGUCUGGUGCCUUGGUCCUUUCAGACGGUGGUGUUUGCUGCAUUGAUGAGUUCGACAAGAUGAACGAAUCUACGCGGUCUGUUCUCCACGAAGUCAUGGAACAGCAGACUGUCUCCAUUGCCAAGGCAGGUAUCAUCACGACUCUGAAUGCGCGAACCAGUAUCCUGGCCUCUGCCAACCCUAUCGGCAGUAAAUACAACCCCAACAUUCCUGUUCCGCAGAACAUCGACCUGCCUCCGACUCUGCUGUCUCGUUUUGACCUGGUGUAUCUCGUGCUGGACCGUGUUGAUGAGCAAGAGGAUCGCCGUUUGGCGAAGCACUUGGUCAACAUGUAUUUGGAGGAUAGACCCGACAACGCGAGCGAUGAGGAGAUCUUGCCCAUUGAAUUCUUGACGGCGUACAUCACUUAUGCCAGAAACAAGGUGCAUCCCGUCCUUACGCCAGCGGCAGGCCAGGUGCUGUCAGACGCCUACGUGAACAUGCGCAAGCUGGGCGACGAUAUCCGUACAUCAGACCGCCGUAUCACCGCCACAACCCGUCAGCUAGAAUCCAUGAUUCGCCUGUCAGAAGCCCACGCCCGUAUGCGUCUGUCCGAGGAAGUGACCGCCGACGAUGUGGAAGAAGCUGUGCGUUUGAUCCGCUCGGCCAUUAAGCAGUCGGCCACGGACCAGCGCACUGGUCUCAUCGACAUGGGUCUGCUGACCGAGGGUACGAGUGCCAGUGAGCGUCGCCAACGCGAUGCGCUGAAGCGCGGUCUGCUCUCUGUGGUGGAUGAGCUUAGUAGCGGCAGCGGCUCUGCCCGGUGGGCGGAGGCGUACAAGGUCCUCAGUGACCAGAGCAGUGUUCCUGUGGAUGGCGGCGAGUUUGCGGACGCCGUGCGAGCUCUGGAAACCGAGGGUGUUCUAAGUGUUGUUGGCGAUGGUGCACGCCGCAGCAUUCGCCGUGUUGGCGGAGGACGUCUGCCGUAG